AUGGAAAAUCCUCGAGAACGAAGACAGGCUUUAGGCUGUAAACGAGCUCAUUUUUCUCUGAAACCUAACUUAAGUCAGCCUACUGUGUGUUUGGAUCCGAGUUUAGACAAGGAUAUAUUGAAAGAUCAGCUUUUUACCGUGCGUUUGUAUUUUUAUAUAGAUGCCAAAAGAGAAAUAGGGAAACAGACAGGUGCUGGUUUGAUGGAUUUGGUUCAGAAUGUUCAGUCUGUUGCUGCAAGGCCUUGUCGUCCUGGAAUAUUAAAGUUUGAUGAAUGGAGAUCGGUUAAGUACAAGCAUCACUAUUCUACUGCUAUGUCGCCUUUUAACAGCUUUGAAAAGAAAAUUCUCAGUCCACUUUGUGGCUCAAAACAAGAAAAAUCUUACCAGAAUGUUGAACUACACGAGAAAGAGUUGGCCAGUGAGUCAAGAAAGGCGAUAACAUACGCUAUAUGCUCUCUAGGCUUAGUGACCAACGCAAAGAACAAGGUUUAUGAACUUCUGGAUGAUUUGCUUAGCAGUAAUUAUGAUGGGGAUGAAGCUGCCAGUCUCCUACAAGAGUGCUUGCAGAUCAAAUCUAUUGAUCUGGAGAAAGUAUUCCUUUCUGACUUGAAAGAUAUUUGGAGGAUAGAUUUGAGGGCUUCUAGCGAAAACUCUGAUGUAGUAAGUGAUCUGUUUUCAACUGAUGAUAUUGACAGAUCACCAUUGAGAAAUGCAUCUGCUAUUGAUAGUAUUAGUAAACAAUCUAAUCAGGCUGAAAGUUCAGCUGAUCAUUUAUCUUCCAUACCUCCAAGAAAUCCAUUAGCUUCAAUGUCACUGCAAAAGAAACAGAUGUUGCAUUCGGAUCCACAAACAGAUCAUUUUUCAAUUGAUAAUAUUGAUCAAGCACCUGGGAAAAAUGCGUCUUCUAUUGAAAGUAUCAAUAAACAAUCUAGUCAAGUUGACAUAGAGAAAGAACAGAACAUAUCUCACUUGUUAAGGUCUCCAUUAUUAGAAUCAAAUCAAACUAAAGCUGCUAAUGCAAGUUCCAAGCUAGAUGGGAGAGAUUUUGCUGGUCUCUUAGAUAAAUUUGUAAACGAUAAAGUAAGGAGAUUUGAUUCUGGUAUUAACAUUGUCUCAAGUGGAUCUCAGGCUGACUUGGAGAAUAACAGUUUAAGUAGGCCUGAAAUUUAUAUAGAUAGUUAUACGGUCAAACCAAAUGAAUUUGGUGGAAGGGCGGAUGAUAUACCUGUGGAAGUAGCGGUUUCUGUUCAGACCAAACUUCAUGUGAAAGGCCCAACUGUUGAUAACUCGUAUACCAUUCAAAGAGAGACAGUGGUUGCAUAG